AUGUCCAGCUUGAAAGAUCAAAAGCAGCAAUUCGUAUCAGAUUUGUUGGGAGGAUCGUUGAAAGAGAUCUACCUGAUAGUUGGAGUGUCAAUUGCUUCAUUGUUCACUUUCAAGAUUCUCGCUCAAGUAUUAGGAAAUAAUAAUAAUGGUGUGUUGUAUAUUAUCCACGAUCUUUACUUCAAUGUAUUCUUGUUGGUAUGUUCCGUCACUAUCUAUAGCAACAACAUUUUGUUCAUGUAUAAAGCCUUGGGGGCUGCAAGCUUGUUAUUGUUUAUUGUCAGUCUAUUCGUGGUCAAAAAAACACCUAAAACUCAGAAGCCAAAUGUUGAAUUGUUAACACCUAAGAGUUUUGUUACAGCUUACAGAUCUCACAUGUUAAUUCUUACCAAUAUUGCCAUAUUAGCGGUUGACUUUCAUGUGUUCCCAAGAAGAUUUGCUAAAGUUGAAACCUGGGGUACCUCAAUCAUGGAUAUGGGGGUAGGAUCAUUUGUAUUUUCCAUGGGUGUGGUUAAUUCUCGUAGUUUGAUUAAACAGAAUUUACUGGGCAGCAAUACCAAAAAGACUCAAUUCAGUGCCACCAGUUACUUCAAAUUAUUGAUCAGUAACACUAAGAAAUCAAUGCCAAUGCUAGUUUUGGGAGUCAUCAGACUCAUAAGUGUUAAAGGUCUUGAGUACCAAGAACACGUGACUGAGUACGGAAUUCAUUGGAAUUUCUUCAUAACUAUAGGUUUCUUACCUAUUUUCAUAGCUAUAUUGGAUCCCCUUUUUAAUUUGAUUCCUAGAUUCCUUGUUGCCUCGCUUAUAAGUGUCGUUUAUGAGAUUGCAUUAUGUCAAGGUGGUUUACUUAAAUUCAUAUUGACCAGUGAGAACAGAUUAGAUAAUAUAUUGACUAUGAAUAAAGAAGGAAUGUUUUCAUUCUUUGGUUAUUUGAGUAUAUUCAUCUAUGGUCAAUCAUUCGGGCCAUUCGUUUUAACCAAUAAACCUACUUAUAAUAACCUUAUUUCAUUUACUAACACCACCAAAAAAUCAUUACUUACAGUUACAACAACUACAGGACUUUUAAUCACUACAGUGAUAUAUCAAUUGGCCUUCAACAUAAUCAAUGAAUCGUCAUAUUUCCAUAAUGUAUCUAGGAGAUUGGCUAAUCUCCCCUAUGUUUUGAUGAUUGUUGCAUAUAAUGCAUUCUUCUUAUUGUGUUACAAUUUGAUUGAGAACUUCUUCGGAUCGAACAACACAGGUUCCAAGAUUUUGGAUUCUACUAACAAGAACGGGUUGGUGUUUUUCUUGAUUGGUAAUUUAAUGACCGGUUUAGUCAACUUGACCAUCAAUACUUUAGAAUGUGACAAUAAACUUGCGACCAUAAUAAUUAUGGGUUAUGCUACGAUACUUGUUCUGAUCACCUAUCUUAUGAAUGAGUAUAAAAUUUAUAUUAAGAUAUAG